UGGGCUUAUCGCUCGAUGUCGGGGCCGGAUGCUGUGCUGCCUCAGCCGAUUGCAUACGGUUCUGGCACUAAUUGGUCUCAACCCAGCACAGGCACAACGGAAAUGAUGUCAAACAACGCAAACAUCUGUGGUCAACUGGGCAGCUGGCGGGAAGACGAUGCGCUCGCCUAUACACAGAAUUCCCGAGCAUUUCGAAAGGGAAUUUCAACUUUUGAAGCUGUCGACUACUACUCCCAGUGGGCCGAAUGUCACCAAUAUGAUGAGGACCUGCGACCUGGGCGGUACAACGGCCCCCUCAUUACCGCCACCGCUGUUGCGGAUUUCUUCCCCCGGGAUAGGGAGGAGAAGAAGAUCAUGGAUAUUGCUGCAGGAACUGGAUUUGUAGCAGAACAUCUGAGGGAAAAGGGGUUCCUCCAUAUCGACGCCCUGGAGCCGUCAACUCAGAUGAUCCUCAGGGCGAAGGAGAAGGGCCUGUAUGAGAACUACUACAGCGAUUUCCUGACCGAGGACCCGCUACCGACAAUCAUGGAAGACACGUACGACUGUGUUGUUAUAUGCGGCGGAAUGGGUGAAGGUCAUAUACCGUGUUCCGGAAUUAAAGAACUGAUCCGGAUCACCAAACCAGGCGGGCUGAUAUGUAUCGUGAUGCGUGAACAAUAUCUGGUAGAGGUGGACGAAUACAAAGAUCGUCUGGAACCAUUGAUGGACUUUCUAGAAAUGGCGGGGAAAUGGGUCCAGGUAGCACGUGACACGGUCCAAGACUACUUCAUCAAUAUCCCGGGCGUUGUGUACAUGUACACCAAGAUAUGAACUCUGGCAACCAGUUUCUCAAAUGAAACCCAGAUGACGUCCACUCGCCCCUCGAGUUUAGCGUAGAUUUGUGCUUGUCGCUGUGCAUAUGGGUUACGUCUGCUCUUGCUCCUUCUAAUAUAUCAGAGGCUGGUCCAUAGUUAAUACUUGAAUGAACCCAUAUUACUUUCGUUUCAUUUGGCCAACAGAAGCAAGACUAUUUGUUCCAUGUAAUAUUAAGUUUUUAAUGGAGCCCUAUAACACUACCGUUGCAGUAAACAGAGACAAAGGUUCCUUUCAGACUGUUUCCACUGCAUACGACAAUCAGACUAUAUUAUUAUCGGAUCUCCAAAGAUAUGUACAAGUCCUUAAAUAGAAUUAAAAACCAAGAGACACCCUUCAAAGUACCCAGACAACAUGCCGAGUAUAUAUGAUGGUAUCCAUAUUUGUGUUGGCGCAGUGUUGUAUCAUAAUUCUAUCCCAAUAAAGUUGAACAUGUGUAAAUGAGCGCUGGUGUAACCCUCUCGGCCCAGUGAAGAACCUCUGUACACAACGUUUCCUCCAGAGAACUGAACCCAGGAAAUGUCCUGACCCGUUGACUUGAACGGUAAUAUUGAAUUAUCAUCCAAAACUAGAUGAAUUAUCAUCAACACUGUAGAUAUCGCUGCAAUGAAAUUACAUCACAAUGCUUUGCAGACCAUUGUGACGUCACGGGUUACCAUGACGUCACAAAAUCAAAUGGCAUCACUAAUGGCUCUGCUACUGAAGUUGUUAGCAGUACUUUUUACACUGAAGACACUGCUAAUUACUGUCUACAAAAAAGUUGGAAGAAUGAUGUUGGAUGAUAAAUAAAAUCUCACCCUCGUGUCUUUUGAUAUAAAAUGUAUCAACACUCUUUGAUAAAAGUGGCAAAAAUCCUCGGCAAGCCUCGGAAUGUUUCCACUUUUUUCAACUCGUGUUGAUAUAUUUCAUAUCAAAAGACACUCGGGUGAGAUUCUCUAUAUAUCUAUGCCCAUUGAAUUCACAACGAAAACACACAAAUUGUUCACAUUACUAAAUCACGGAGUGAUCUACAACCGAUGGUGAAGGUACUAGCACAGGCUGAAACGUACGGUGGCUGAUAAAGGUGGCUCUACCACUAUACCCCUCCAGAUCAGCCCGUUACCAACGAUCCACGUCAUCAGGGCACGGUGACACAUUUUAAUUUCCCGGUCCUCACUGGUUCUGCACAAACUUCAAGUACUCGGUCCCUUUCCGGAAAUCCCCAGGAUCCACCGUUCCUGUCAUUACAUAGCAAAUUGUUGUAUUUUUAACAUGGUGAAGCUUGCUAUUUGCUGCGAACGUUUUUCUUUCCACCACGUUUUUUCCAUGUGGGCGUAGGGACUUGCUGUGUUUUAACAGCAGUCAAUGAGAAUCUAUGACUGAUCAUGUUACCAUCUCAUGUAUGUAUUCAUAGAGGAAGUAAACCUGGUUUAGCACA